UAAUGAAAGCGCAAUAUGUUCAAGCGAAUCUACUUGGUAGGUUACGGAUGCAACAAUGCGAAAGUGAUCACCUCACCUGCACACUUCGAACUCCGACUUUUCCCACGAACCCGUGAACGCAACGGAGCACCGUCCACCAUGGCGGCCCAGCGUAAGAAUUUGAUGCAGAGCCAUCAGAGCUGGACAGAUGACCUGCCUCUGUGUCAGAUGUGUGGGGUGGGCACAGCACCAAACUGUGUUUACGGGCCUGACGGUAAAGGAACUCAAAGCCACACCAAUGAGGACGGACAUCUUGGUUUUAGAGGCGAGGAUGGCUGUUUCCUGUACGGGGUUUUUAACGGUUAUGAUGGCAGCAGAGUGGCCAGUUUCGCCUCCCAGUGUCUGACAGCUGAACUGCUGCUAGGACAGCUCAACUCCAGUCACACUGACAACGAUGUCCGCAGGAUCCUCACACAGGCCUUUGAUGUGGUGGAGAAGAGCUACUUUAAGACCAUAGAUGAUGCUCUGGCUGAGAAAGCUCACCUAUCCAACUACCUUCUACCACACAAUGAGAAUGUGUCAUUCCAUCACUCUCAGAGUCAGAAGGUCCAGGAACGCCUGAAGGAGCUGGAGCAGGAAGUCUCAGGAGGAGCCACGGCUGUGGUGGCUUUGAUCCUCAAUAACAAGCUGUAUAUUGCUAAUGUUGGUACCAACCGUGCACUGCUGUGUAAGUCUAGCAGCGACGGGCAGAACCAGGUUCUCCAGAUCGGACGACCUCACAGCACUGACAAUGAAGACGAGCUGCAGAGACUGGCUGCGCUAGGCGUGGAUUCAGCCCGGGUGAAGCAGGCGGGACAGAUCGCUGGUCAGAGCAGCACAAGGAGACUAGGAGACUACAGGGUCAAGUUCAACUACAAUGACAUCGACUUACUCAGUGCGGCCAAGACGAGGCCAAUCAUUUCAGAGCCGGAGAUUCAUGGCAGCCAGCCUUUGGACAGCGUGACGGGCUUCUUGUUGCUGCUGUCAGAGGGUCUCAUCAAUGCCCUUGAGUCUGCCCAUGGAGCCGAACAAGCUAAUCAGGAAAUAGUUGCCAUGGUAGCAGCAGAACUGGCCCAGCAGACCAGUCUGGAGGCAGCAGCUCAGUCGGUGGUGGAGCGUGUCAAACGGCUUCACCACGACGUUUACGUAUCUGGCCGUCAGAGGGCGACUUACUGUUCCCGACACGAGGACAUGACCCUGCUCAUCCGCACGCUCAACUAUCCGCUGGCUGAGGGCGCGCUAACACCUACACAGGGUGGGCGUAUCUAUCCCGUUUCAAUUCCCUACUCCAACAGCCAGAGCACCAGUAAAACCAGUGUCACCCUCUCACUGGUCAUGCCCUCUCAAAGUGGUACCCUCACCAAUGGAACUAACACAGCCUCCACUCUGGAGGAGGAAGGCACCCCCACACCAGGCAGUCAGAGCCCCACCGCCACCCUCCAGUCCACCAACACCCAGACGCAGAGCUCCAGCUCCAGCUCAGGGGAUGGGAGCCUUUUCCGACAAAGAGGCAGCCAGGCAGCUCAGCCCGACGAGACGGGCCGGGUCCCGCCUUACGUGGACUUCAGUCAGUUUUACCACCUGUGGGGGAGCGAUCACAGCGACAGCCAGAGCGCCCAGGGAGGACUGGGACCCCAGUGAAGGAGGACAGGGAGGGUGCUGGGUUCAGGUUUGAAAGGGAUGGACUUGGUUUUCUGGCAGAAAGUUGCCAGCGUGGAGGAAAGACGAGGGUGAUUAACCAAAUGUUGAGUUUAGCUAGUAUGCAAAGAAAAUCCCCUAAAACAACAUCACCAGGUUAACUCUUCUGUAAGAGAUGCUGGUCAUGAGUCAUUGUGAAUAUAAUGUAUGUUAUCAAGAUUAUAGCUGUUACUGUCAGAUGUCAAAUGUAUCCACAAACACGUGUCUCACAGACCUGAGAGUUUGUGGCGGUGAGAAUGCUAACACACUGUAAGGCCUUAUAAUGGGAUGAAUGGACGGGUUUGAAAGUUGUUGUUUUUUUUGUUUUUUUUAAAUGAAAGUAUAUAUCUGAAUGAAACAAUAUGCUCUCCCGGCUUCUCUUUAUACCGACAACAUGUGACAGUUGAGCAUUUCGUCCUCUUGUCUGAAACAUUGAAGAUUGUUCAUUCAACAGUUCCACAGGUUAUUGUUCCUGUUGAGGGAAGCAAAGAAAUGUACGAAAAAGUCGCCUGAGACCUAACAUACAGCAGUGAGCAGACUUUAGUAGUUGGAUGGUAAAGAAAAAUGUACUGAAAGCGAGGGGAUAACGUUUUCUUUUGUUCCUAGUGAUGUGUCCCUUUGCAAAACUGCUCCUACCAGCUCUAGUUUUGCAGGCAACAUGUCUGUUAGUCAACUGAAAACAAAAGCAGGUUAUUUCGACUCUUUUUUUUAUGAUUGAACAAAUGGCGAAAAAAAUCAUUAUAAGGGAAAGCAACAUAAUUUGCUUCAUCUUGGAAGGAAAAUGAGCAACAAGCAACAUUGUAUUGCCUUGACGAAUCAAGAAAAGCUAUCAGCAUGUUUAAGACUUCACAAUGUAAGAUGUUAAUAUAAUCGCAGUUUGGAAAUAUUCUUUAUAACCUUAAAAUGUUUACUUCAGUUGCUGAAACAGAGUCAAAUUAAAUUAUUGUGAAAACAUUGGAAAA